AUGUCGACCGUCGUUUCCAAGCCGUCGUCGCUGGCGACCAACCCGCUGUUGCUGGGCUACCUUUCGGCGCUGGCCGCUAACCCGCUUCGCACAAAGAUGCUCACGUCCGGUGUUCUGUCUGCGCUCGCCGAAGUGCUCGCCGGCCAUAUCGCUGGCGUGGCACCCACCGCGACCAAGACCCCCUCGUCUCUGGACGAGAAGAAGCGCCAGGCGAAACAGAACCCCGUCGGUCUGCUGCAAGCUUACGCCGCCAAGCUCGGAAUCAACGAGCGUGCACUCAAGAUGUUCAUCUACGGCUUCUUCAUCUCGGCACCCAUGGGUCACGUUCUCACCGGCCUCCUGCAAAAGGCCUUUGCCGGUCGCACCACCACCCGCGACAAGAUCCUCCAGAUCAUCACCUCGAACCUCACCGUCUCGGUGUUUGCCAACUGCGUCUACCUCACGUGCAUGGCCUACAUCAACGGCGCGCGCGGCGUCGACAACAUCAAGCGCGCCGUCAAGGCCGCCUUCUGGCCCGUCAUGAAGGUCACCUGGACCACCAGCCCCAUCACCAUCGCCGUUGCCCAGAACUACCUCCCCGCCAUCAUCUGGGAGCCCUUCUUCACCUUCAUCCGCUUCAUCCUCAGCACCUACUUCAACACAAUCGCAAAGAAGAACCAGAUGAGGCUCGCCCGACAGGCCAAACAGUCCCAGCUCGACGCCGACCUCGCAAAGGGCGCCGCCCAGGGCAAGUGA